AUAUUUCUCCCCUUAUUCAUAACUGAAUUUGAAUUGCUUCAUAUUCAAUCACCAUGUAUUGCUUAAACUUGCGGAGAGUACUCCUUCCAACUCGAAAAAUGUGGAAGUUUUUUUCCACCAAGUUACAAAUCAAUUUCCACAAAGUACUCAAUAGAUCCAAAGUCAUUAAGAAAUCCAAGAAUCCAAAUCCUUUAUGCAUCAAGAAACUAGCCCCGUCCCCUGCCUUUCGAGUUCAAUUCAAAACUAAACGUUCAAACAAUAAGUUCAAAUACAAGUCGAAAUUCAGACCUACUCUUAAAUUUCAAAAGAAAUCAGCACCGGUAUAUAUAGAUCAACUUUUCAUUGAGAAUAUAUCUGAUUCUGUGGUGAAGAACAACUUUGGCCAAACUAGUAUGAUCACGACAAAGAAGAAGGAGCAUAAACAAGUUUGCAUAACGGAAACAGAACAAGAUGAGAUAAUCCAUGAGGGGGAAAGCAGCAGUAGUAGUAGUGUCACUAAUGAUGAGCUGUGGGAAUCAUUGACAUUGGCAUCUCCACAAUUGCAUUGUAUUAAUGAAAGAGCAGAGGAGUUCAUAGCUAAAUUUCGUGCAGACAUGCUGCGUCAAGAGAAUAUGUUGAUCCAGCGUUUGUAGUAUGGGUUUUUUUCUCUUUUGUAAUUUUUGUCAGCACUGAAUAAAAUUUGUCCACUGUAUAUUAAUCUAGUUUAUUUUUAUACAUUUGAGUGCAGAGAAAUUAAAGCGAUCAAUUGGGGUGAUAGAAUUAACCCAUAAAAA